GGGAGGGGCCCUGCUUCCGCGGUUGGGUCUCACUUCUCCCUAACUCGAGCGAGACUCCGGCGCCCCUUCCACUCGCGUUUGCCCACAGCGCCGGCGGCGAAGCGGAAGUGAUGCCUCCAAGAAGAAAUGAGAAAUACAAACUUCCUGUUCCUCUUCCAGAAGGCAAGGUUCUGGAUGACAUGGAAGGAAAGCAAUGGGUGCUGGGCGAGAUGAUUGGUUCUGGAGGAUUUGGACUGGUGUAUUUAGCUUUCCCCGCAAAUGAACCACAUAAAGAUGCAAGACAUGUAAUAAAAGUGGAGUAUCAAGAAAAUGGCCCAUUAUUUUCAGAACUUAAAUUUUACCAAAGAGCUGCAAAAAAAGAAUGUAUAAAAAAAUGGAUAGAACAAAAACAGCUUGAUUAUUUAGGAAUUCCUCUGUUUUAUGGAUCUGGUCUUACUGAAUUCAUGGGAAGACGUUACAGAUUUAUGGUAAUGGAAAGACUAGGCAUGGAUUUACAGAAGAUCUCUGACCAGAAUGGUACUUUUAAAAAGUCAACUGUCCUGCAGCUAGGUGUUCGAAUGUUGGAUGUACUGGAAUAUGUACAUGAAAAUGAAUAUGUUCAUGGUGAUAUAAAAGCAGCGAAUCUACUUUUGGGUUACAAAAAUCCAGAUCAGGUUUAUCUUGCAGAUUAUGGACUUGCCUACAGAUAUUGUCCCAAUGGGAACCACAAACAGUAUCAGGAAAAUCCUAGAAAAGGCCAUAAUGGGACAAUGGAGUUUACCAGUUUGGAUGCCCACAAGGGAGUACCCCUGUCCAGACGAAGUGACCUUGAAAUCCUCGGCUACUGUCUGCUGCGGUGGGUGUGUGGGAAACUGCCCUGGGAACGGAACCUGAGGGACCCUGUGGCUGUCCAGACUGCUAAAGCAAAUCUGUUGGAUGAGCUCCCCGAGUCGGUGCUGAAAUGGGCUCCUUCUGGAAGCAGCUGCUGUGAAAUAGCCCAGUAUUUGGCAUGUGCUCAUAAUUUGGCAUAUGAUGAAAAGCCAAACUAUCAAAUGCUCAAGAAAAUUCUGAACCCAGGUGGAAUUCUUAACCCACUGGAAUUUUCCACUAAAGAAGAGAGUGUAAGUGUGCAUACUCCAGACUGUCAAAAAGUUGAUUCGCAAAAGGCUGCAACCAAGCAAGUCAAUCAGAUGCGAAAUAGGUUAAUAGAAAAAACCGUCCCCAGUGAGAGAGGUGCUGAGUCCUGCGCACCAGGGAGAACAGUGCAAAAGGAGGAGAAGCCGAUUGGAUCGCUGAACAAAGACACCGCGCAGAAACCUAAGAAACCUUUGUCUGCAUCAAGGUCACAAGGAAAGCACAAGGAGAAGACAAAAAUAUUCUGAGUUGCAAGAAUUUUUGAAUGCAGUAAGACGUUCUCCGCAAAAAGACAGCUUUAUGCAGUUCCCCAACUCAUUUUAUGAACCCCAUCAAGAUUUUACAAGUCCACAGACA